UUCAAACCCGGUCCUCCCCGAAAAUACACCGUCUCCGUCGCGCUCCCAUCGAGUCUCGUCGCUUCCGCCCAAACCCCCGAAUUGAAAACCAUGAUCGCAGGAUAUGUCGCCAGGACGUUGGCCAUCCAUAAUGUCGAUGAGGUCAUUAUCUAUGACGAGAACCCUGGGUCCACGAACCUCGCUUUCGACGACACUAAUAUCGAUCACGAGAGAGAGGGUCAGGGAGGUAGAGAGACUCCUGGGGUUUUCUUGGCGAGGAUGUUGCAGUGGUUGGAGACGCCAUCGUAUAUGCGCAAACUCCUCUUUCCGAUGGACCACGCACUUCGAUUCGCGGGGUUGUUGCCAGCGUUGGAGAUGCCGCACCACCUCCGUCUCGAGGAAGAUUCACCCUACCGCGAAGGCCUCACAAUCGAGCCCUCUGUCGAAUUUCCCGCUCCCCAAAACGGGGGAACAUUGGUCGACGCAGGUCUUCGCCGCAAAGUCGUGAUUGGGCGGAAAAUCAAACCGGGGGUGCGGGUGACGUUACAGAUGAAGCGUGUCAAGGGCGGGCGGGAUAAACAGUAUAUCGAGGCAGAUGUCGUUCCACCCUCCGCGCCACGCGAGAAAAUGGGGUUGUAUUGGGGGUAUGGAGUACGUAUGGCUACUUCCAUCUCGGGCGUAUUCACCGAAUCUGCGUUUGCGGAUGGGUAUGACCUCACCAUCGGAUUCUCCUCCGUCUCGUCCAGCACUACACCUCUCUCCUCAAUCUCCCCCUCCUCGGAGAAACUUGCAGACAAACAAUUCGAACAUUUGUUACUCGUGUUUGGUGGGAUGGGCGGGGUUGAGGCUGCUGUCGAUGCGGAUCCGGAGUUGGGGUUGAGUGGGGAUGAUUGUGGGGAGUUGUUUGAUUUGUGGGUUGAUCCUGUGCCGGGGAUGGGGGUGAGGGGGGUUAGGGCUGAGGAGGUGCUUGGGGUUGGGUUG